AUGGUAAGUAGCAGUUCAUCGAGGAGACGAAGUUCCACUAUCAAGAGUGCUCUAUCGUCGCUGCUUCAUGGACACAGCAACGGGUCUGGUCACCAUGGCAAGGACAGUGCCUACGCGCGUAGACACAGUACAAACUCGAUAUCAGCAAACGGAAGUGAUACUAGUGUUAGAAGCAAACUAAGUAGUCAUGGUACUGGGUCGGCUGCUAAUGCGAGAGUUCCUUCAAGAACACCAAAUAAGAGUUCGACAAUGCCUGAUGUUCAGUCGAACUCCACAGGGCAUUUGAAUGAUACAAUGAGGAAUACAAGGUAUGAUUCUACCCGCUAUAGUCGGUCUUUUGCUACUGAUGAUGAAAAUGCCAUAGAAUUUGAUGACCAAAAUACUUCUCUUAACUCGGAUCCUUCUGGGCUCACCCCGUUGCCAGAAUCAUUCAAUAAAGAGUACCUGGCAGAAUAUCUACAUAACAGAGGGUUUCUGAAUCCAAAAUCAGUAGAAACAAGGGAAAACUUUAGCAUAGGAAUUGCCACUAGUGGGGAUGUUAUAUUUUUACCAACAGUUUCAUCCAAUGAUGAUGAAUACUUGGCAAGACUUAAUGGUGUGGGAUCGGGCGAAUCAAAUAUGGAGCUUGACCAAGGGGCCAUGGAUGACGAAUUAACUGGUGAUGAUUUUGUUAUCCAAGAUGGAGUUCUCCAGCGACAACAGCAAAACCAAGGUCACUCUGCAACAGACAAUUCAUCUUCAACUGCAGUAGCCUCUCCAUCUGGCACACAAUCUGAUGUACCGGAUUCUGGUGCCUAUCAAAACAGGUCAUUAGAAUUUGAUGCUUCAAUGGUGUCUUUUAGCGUUGCUGUUAUAUUAUCAGUUAAAUCACCCAUCAAGCUGACCGAUUUGAAAGUUGAAUUAUCUUCAAGGGUGAGGAUAUAUUGGCAUGCUGGUGUACCUCCAACCAAAACUUUCUUUGAGGAAUUCUAUCAAGCUGGUUAUGUAAACUGGAAUUUAAACGAUACGAAUUAUGACGUUUUUGUACCAACGACGGUAUCGUCAAAUACUCAAAUUGUAGAGAGACAUAACAAUACGCCCACCAAAAUAUUCAGAAAUAAACCAAUAAGUGAGAGAUAUUAUACUGAUAAGAGCAAACUAAAAAGGCAAUACCUGGACUCAUUGCUUGAUUGUGAGGGACACUUGCUUGAAGCUGGUGACUAUGUCUAUCUGUUACCCGUUAUCUUUUCCAAUCAUAUUCCAGAAUCCACAUAUUUGCCAUCUGCAAGAAUUAGUUAUAAGCUCAAAAUCGGUACAAGAGCAAUCGGUAGUUCAAUAAAAAGGGCUGGGUCAACUGGCAGUUCUUUAUCUAUUGGCCAACAAAAUCAACCAAUAAGUUCCCAUUCAUCAACUUCAUCUUUAUCAUCCCUUAGAGAUAUGGAUCAUGAAGGAAAGGCCAAUUCAAGUGCUUCACCUCAUAAAGGUUUGAGUGGAAACCUUUUGAAAAAGGUUAAAAAUCAUUUACAUUUACCGCAUAAUCAAGUAAAGCCCGGAGAAAUUGAAGAGUCAAGAGAGCUGUACACAGAAUACCCCAUAAAAGUCAUAAGAACACCACCCCCAAUUUCCAUAUCAACUGCGAACAAGCCAAUUUAUAUUAACAGAGUUUGGUCUGAUUCUCUUUCUUAUGAAAUUUCAUUUGCAUCAAAAUAUGUGUCCUUGAACAGUCGCGUACCUAUUAAAAUUAAACUAGCACCCAUUGCCAAGAAUAUUUGUGUGAAAAGAGUAAGAGUAAGUAUCACUGAAAAAAUAACUUUUGUUAGUAAGAAUCUGGAAUACGAAUAUGAUCAAGUAGAUCCUGUUGCAAAGGAUCCAUACAAUCCAUAUUAUUUAGACUUCACUUCAAAAAGACGUAAAGAACGGAACUUGGCUUUGCUUGAGGUUAGGACUAAACCAAAAGGUUCCAGAGCAUUAAGAGAAGAAAUUGUUGAAAACUGUGUUAAUGACAAUCUCUUAUCAUUUGGUGAAAUUAAGGAACCAGGUAAGGCUGACUCGAUACCUCUAGUUGAACCUGUAUCCAUAGAGACAAGAUUAGAUUUCCCUAGCUACAUGGACUUGGAUAAGAGACAUGCUAAGAAUAUCCCGCCUUAUGGUAUCGAUGUUUAUACAGCAAUUGCUAAUCCUGAAGAGCAACAAAGCACUUCUCAUCAUAAAUCUAGUGUUAUUGGAAUACUUACUGGAAUUAAGAACUCUACAGACUCAGGCUCAUCGCCAAGUAAGGCCAAUUCUGACAAAAAUACGAAUAAUUCAUCAUCUGCAGAAACUGAAAGUGCUGCCAGAAGGCAAACUGUUUCGAGAUUCCACCAAACUUCCAUUAAAGCAAACUCUCAUCCAAAUGUGAAAUUCCAUACAAGAUUAAACAAGUGUAAGCGUGGUUUAUACCUGGAUAGUUUACAUUAUACUAAUGUACAUGCCAGACAUAAACUUGAAGUGAUGCUAAGAAUCAGUAAACCUGAUCCUGAGAACCCCUCUAAAUUAAGACAUUACGAGGUUUUGAUUGAUACGCCAGUAUUUUUGGUCUCUGAUCAAUGUAACACAGGUAAUAUGGAACUUCCUACCUAUGACAUGGCUACGACUGUUACUUCGACAGAUUUAACACCAAUUCCAAAUGCAACAAAUUUAGCACCCCCACCAACUUUUGAAGAAGCGAUAUCGGUGCCAGCUUCUCCAUUCCAAUCACCAGCUGCGUCCCCAAUUGGAUCACCAGUUAUGUCACCUUCAUAUGAUCCCGAACUUUUAUCUAUACAGCAACUAAACUUAUCAAGAAGCACGUCAUUUAGUGGACCUUCUGUGCAUCUUGAGAACACAAACACGGGCACUGGUGGUUCGAGUGUGGGUGGUAUUUCUUUACUUCAACCAGGUUCGUCGCAUAGACCUUCUAUAUCUGCUGAGGCAAGUAGUGGAAGGUACAGCAAUUUAGAUAGACUAAUGUUUGCAAGCAGCCAAACAUCUCCACCCCCACCUUUGCCAAUGGAUAUUAUGCAAGGUAGAAGAGCCAGUGAUGCCGCUGCAGUGUCCUCGUCAUACACCAACCCAGAACAAAGUCCAAGGAUUCCUAUUAUAGUUGAAACGAACCCGUUCUUUAAAAAAGAUUACACAUUGACUCCACGGUCAAACGAACCAGAGGCUGAUGAUAAUAGCACCACACCUGGCCAAUUACCAAGCAAGGAUCCGCCGACUUACGAAGAAGCCGUUUCAUAG